CCGUGCGCAGCGCCGGUAAAAGAGCCGAGUGAGCGGUCAGCAGGUGCCGAGAUCGGCUUCCUCUUUUCCGUACACCAGCAGCGGUCUUAAUCCCCCAAUCAUGUCGGAGAUCGAGCCAGAGUCGGAGUCCAGCUUGCGGAGACGGAGCACCCAGGACGCAUUGAUGACCUGUUCGACUCCAACCCAAAAUCAUUCAUGUGAAGGAACAACAUGUCCAUGCUGCCUGAUGAUGACCACAAGGACUACAUUGCUGGCAGAAAAUGAGGUGGAGGCACACAAACUGGCCAACAACUACAAGUUCGGGUUCAAGAAAUGGAAGAGCCACGUAACAGAGAGACCCUUGGAAGACCGUUCUGCAGUAGUGAAGGAGCUGUAUUCAGAUCUAAAUGUCAUCAAACAAUAUUCGGGAUCUCUGUUUACCUUUGGAAACUUGUUGUAUGUGCUGCUGUUUGGAUGGUGGGUUGCCCUGCUGUACCAUCUAAUUGCUGUAAUUAUGUUUGUUACAGUCGUGGGAGCACCUUAUGGGAAGAUGUGUUACCGUCUUGCUGGAUAUUACUUCUGGCCAUUUGGGAAGAUAAUUCAAAAGCCAUACAUCUAUCCUAGGAAAAGCAAUGUUCGAUUUUAUGGUGAGGAUGUUCCUGAGGUGACUGCGGUGGAGUCGACAACACUCCUUGAUGUCACUGAAAGAAUUGAAGAUUCGCCAUCACAGACUCAAAAAGAGGGAGUUAAGCCCUGGCUACGCCUAAGCACCUACGUGUGGUUUCUCCUUGGGUAUCCACCUCUUGUGCUUGUCCAUAGCCUGGCUUCCUUCAUUGCCUGGAUCCUGGUAAUCACCAUCCCAGUAGCCAAGUUAAAUUGCAGAGCCAUUACUGUCAUUCUACUGAUCCCUCCUGAGCAGCUCCAGAUCCGACAACCUAAGAGGACUGAAGUUCCACUGGAUGGGGAAGUGGUCCUCUGCUGUUACCAUGCUAUGAAUUUCUACUAUUACAAAUAUACUGUGGUUGGCAUAAAUGUAUUUGCUGUGAAUCUGCUGCCUCUAGUUAUAGUUGCUCUGGUGCUGGGUUAUGGUGACACAGAGAAUCGUUAUGCCAGCUCACUCGUGAAAUUUGCACUGUCUGUCAUGGCCAUAGUUCCUCUGUCUCACUACAUUGGGAUGGCAAUUGCCAGUAUUUCAGCUCAGAGUAACUUUGCAGUAGGUGCAGUAGUGAAUGCUACAUUUGGUUCAAUCACUGAGUUGACUUUCUACAUAACUGCUCUGAUCAAAGGCAACCAUAAGGGAAACAAGUGCUAUGAAGAAGUGGUGAAAAGUGCUCUGGCUGGAACCCUGCUGGGAUGUGUCCUCUUUAUCCCGGGUAUAUCCAUGGUGAUUGGAGGAUGCAGGCAUCAGGAGCAGAGGUUCAAUAGCCGGUCAGCUGGUGUCAGUUCAGCACUGCUCUUCAUAUCAGUGGGAGGGGUGUUUGCACCAACGCUCUUUUCCAAAGCCUAUGGAAGUCUAAUAUGCCAAGGUUGUACCAACUCGACACAGAAUGAAUCUGGUCCCUUUGAGUGCAGUGAUUGUCACUUCAGUGGGCUGCAGAACGCUUUGUUUCACAAUCAUGUGCAACCCCUUAUCUACACUGUGUCAAUUCUUCUCCCUGCAUCGUAUGUGAUUGGUCUCAUCUUUUCUCUGAAGACGCAUAACCAUAUCUAUGAUAUUCACAUUAGUGACCGCCAUGUUCCAGGACACACCCACAAUGUUGUCAUUCAUUGGUCACGAUGGAGAGCUGUGAUGUUGCUCAUUGUAGCCACUGUUUUCAUGUCUGCCUGUGCCGAGUUGGUAUCUGAGCACAUUGACCCCUUGCUGUCCAACUCUGCAAUCUCAUCGUACUUUCUUGGUGUAACUGUCUUAGCAAUGGUUCCUGAGCUUCCCGAGAUUGUAAAUGGAAUCCAGUUUGCACUGCAGAAUAACAUCAGCCUCAGCCUGGAAGUUGGAAGUUCCAUCGCUGUACAAGUGUGUAUGCUGCAAAUCCCAGUCCUAGUACUUUUCUCAGUCAUUUACCCUGUAGGGUUUAAUUUGCUGUUCAGUGAUCUCCACCUUUGGGCAUCAAUAUUCAGUGUCAUCUUAAUGAACUAUAUAUUCAUGGAUGGAAAGUGUGACUAUUUCCAAGGCACAGCACUGGUGGUAGUCUACCUCAUCAUCAUGUCCGUGUACUUCUUUGCUCCGUCUCAAAGUGGAUGCUGAAAUGGAAUCAUUGAACUCUCUACAUGACUCAGACAGUUUGAACAGCUCUGGGGCAGUUAUUGGCCACCAGUAAGUCUUCAAGGAAAAACAAUAAUCCAGCCAUCUUGAGUGCUGGCAAGUAGUGACUAAUGGGACACCACUGUUAACACAAUUUGAAAAUCCACUGUGGUGAUUCAGUUCUCCAAACAUCGACCAACUUCUCCAACCUGUCGCCUGAUAUCAGCAUUCUGUAUCCAGAUGGAGGGGACAGAAGAGCUUGGCUUCUUGCUUCAAAGAUUUCUUUUUGGAAGAGGUUCUGUAAGGUGAUACUCCCUCUGAAACACUGCUGACCUAUAUACUCCAAGAGCUGCUUCCUUGUUUGAAGACUUCAGUUUGAUUCCUUUAACAGCUGUGGCUGUUUUUGAUCUAAAUAUGAUUUUCUAUGUUUUGGAAAAAAUGAAUUUGUACUAAAGCCAUGGUUAAAAAUAUUUGAAGGAAGUUGUGGCUUUCCUACUUUAGUAACUUAAUAGAUGUAUAGUGUUGGAGGGACUGUGCAAGUGGGUAAAAAAUGUAUUUAUAGUCAAUCUGAAUUGUUUAAAAUAAAAUUUGUACUCUA